GAGAGAGAGAGAGAGAGAGGAGAGUCAAUGGCGUUUAUUUCCUUCCUUGGUAGGCUGCUAUUCGUCUCAAUCUUCGUUCUCUCCGCUUACCAAGAGUUCAAUGAAUUCGGUGUUGAUGGUGGGCCAGCUGCGAAGGCUUUAAAGCCAAAGUUUAAUGUUUUCUCAAAGCACGUGAAGACCCAAAUUGGAAUUCAGUUGCCACAUGUAGAAAUGAAACAUUUGAUACUGGGAGCCAUCAUCAUGAAGUCAGUUGGGAGCCUGUUGUUCAUAUUCGAUAACUCUUUUGGAGCUUCAAUCCUGCUUUUGCAUCAAGCAAUUUUGGCACCCAUCUUGUACGAUUUCUACAAUUACGAUGCUGACAAGAAAGAAUUCGCUCAGCUAUUUAUCAAAUUCACACAGAACUUGGCACUGCUUGGGGCAUUGCUCUUUUUCAUUGGAAUGAAGAACUCACUUCCAAGGAGGUCAUCAAAAAGGAGGGCAUCUAAAUCAAAAACGAAUUAAGGUCUGGAUGGCAAUAAUACUGUUUCAGUUGGCACACGUUAACUUUGCUAACAAUCGCCUGUUUUGACAACCAGAAUCCGGGUUUUUUUUUGUAAGGUUGUACCAUCAGUAGCGCAUCAGAAUUUGGUUUUCAUUUUUUUUUUUUUGUUUU